AUGAGCGAGGGCAGGCUGCAGCGGGUCCGGGACCGGGUCCGGCCCUUCCCCGACUUCCCGCAGCCCGGUGUGCUGUUCCGUGAUAUCAGCCCCUUGCUGAAGGAUCCUGCAGCUUUCAAGGCUUUGAUUGAUCUUCUGGAAGACCAUUUGAGGGCAUCUUUCCCCAAAAUUGACUUUAUUGCAGGCCUGGACUCUCGUGGCUUCCUCAUAGGCCCCCCCCUUGCUCAGAGGCUGGGGAUCGGCUUUGUGCCCAUACGGAAGAAGGGGAAGCUUCCCGGCCCCACAGAGUCUGUCUCCUACAGCCUUGAGUAUGGCAAGGCUGAGCUUGAAAUCCAGAGCGAUGCCGUGGAACAGGGACAAAAAGUAGCCAUUGUCGAUGACUUGCUUGCGACUGGAGGUACCAUGUGUGCAGCCUGUGAGCUGCUGAAGAGGCUGAAGGCUGAAAUCGUGGAGUGCCUGGUGAUCAUAGAGUUACAAUCCCUGAAAGGCUCAGAGAAGCUCAAGCCCAUCCCUUUCUACUCUCUGCUGCAGUAUGACUGAGAAGGAGCCAGGAGAAGGGAAUGCACCAGUUUGGGCCUUUAGUCAAUGAUUUUUGAUGUCGUGAGGGGGGUGGGCAGAGGCAGGGAACCUACAAUUUUGAUCCAGAUGCUGGACAGUCAUAAAUUCUGUUUGUUUUCCGAGCCACAGAUUAAGGUGGGUGGGGGAUCUAAAGAUCUUUUUUGAGUUCUUUCUGUUGGGAAGAAGGAACAACCUGACUGGGUUUGGGGAUGGAGACCAAAAUGCAGCUUCACUGAGUAUUUUUUCAGGAGACCAAAGGGGGUUGGGUGAGGUGGCCUUUGAGGGUCCUUUCCAAUGCAAUCUGUGAAAAUGCUGAGGCAGAAGAGGCCUAAAAUAGCUUUGGUUGUGGGGGACAGUUGACAAACUCCUCUGUGUUUGACCUCAGAGGGUGGUCUGGCUGCUCUCUGCUGUCACUCACACCAGAGUAAGUUGUUCUUUUGUUAAGGUUGUGCUGGUUAAGGAGAGCUAAACAUCUUCCCAGCUCCAUGACCUGAAAUAGGAGGAGGCUGCCAGCACAAGAGGGAUGGCUGGUUGAUGAGGUCAGGCACCAUGUCAACUUGACUUUUGGUCUCAUUUCUUUGAGACUGCAGGAGGCUGAAGGUCUCUUGUAGGAAACUAUCUGUCUUCCCUUGGUCCAGGGUGGAUCUUAGCAGUGGAUUUUGCAGCACUAGGGGCAAUCUACAACAUGAGUGACAAGCAGUGAAGAAGGAGGUCAUGCCAUGCUCAGGGCUGUUCUGCCUUCUGCCCGGCAGCACUGGCACCUACCAUCACCUGCAGCUCCAGCCAGUGCUCAGCUUUUCUUUAGCACAAAUUCUCCACCUCUUACAACAUCUAACUCCUUAUGCUGCUGGCACCCCUCUGCUGGGUUCUUCCUGGGGCAUUGAAUGGACAGUGAUGGUUUGGAGACUGCUCUUAUUGGUAGGUUUGGUGUCAGGUAAGGGUAUAGGAAAAGGUGUUCUGCUUGCAGCUGAGCUCCUGUGGUCUCAGGUUGUGUGCUGGAUGACAUGGGGUUUGGAAGUGUUCCCUGGAGCACAGAGUCAUGGAAUGCUUUGGGUUGGAAGGAACCUU